CCACAGGAGGAGGCUCAACACACAGGGAGGAGGGACAGCAGCUUCCACCACUCCAGACAGAAGUACCUGUGAGCCUUGCUGCCCCUCAAGCUCUUCUCGUAGAGGGAGGGACAGAGCAGACUGCAGACACCAUGGAGUCCCCUUCAGCGCUCACCCGCACAAGGCGCGUCUCCUGGCAGGGGCUCCUGCUGGCCGUCUCACUGUUAACCUCCUGGAGCCCGCCCAGCACCGCCCAACUCGCUAUUGUGUCAACCUACGCUGCCGAAGGGAAGGAUGUGCUUCUGCGCAUCCGCAACAAGCCUCACGAAGUGAUAGGCUACAUGUGGUACAAGGGGGAGGGGGCGAACCCCAAUCGCAACAUCGCGUCCAUCGCGGUGGGCCCAGGAUUGUAUGCAACAGGGCCUGCACACAGCGGUCGGGAGAAAAUCAAUAACGACGGAUCCCUGCUGUUACGGAGGGUCACCCGGAAGGACGCGGGAUACUACACCAUAGUCGCCUACCUUCACGACUCAAAAAAGGAAAUAGGAUUCGGACGGCUUAAUGUGUACCAGCCCGUGAGAAAGCCCACCGUCCUCGCCAGCAACACCACAGUCACAGAGGAUAAGGACGCCGUGGUCCUGACCUGCGACACAAACGCCGUCUCCACCCAGUGGUUGUUCAACGGCAUGAACCUGCGGCUCUCGGAGAGAAGGAAGCUGUCCUGGCGCAACAGAAGCCUCACCAUAGACCCCGUCCGGAGGGAGGACGCUGGGAAUUACCAGUGUGAGGUCUCCAACCCCAUCAGUUCUGCCGAAAGUGCGCCUCUGGGGCUGCAUGUGGAACAUGAGUGACCCUUCGCCCCUGCCCUGUGUUAUAACACUUUGAAUUAAUUUUUUGAACUCAUCAAAUAGAUUUGUUGGGAGGGUGGAAAGUACUUAGAAGACUUGCACUGAGUCAAUAAAUG